CACAAAUACCCGGAAACGGCGUCGUAAUGAUGAGCUGAGUACGUAGGGUUGGCGUGAGCUCUACUGUAUUGGCAAUUUCACCUGAAAGUCCCCAUUUCCAAACCCUAACCUCCGUUUCUGUGCGAAGUAGAAGCAGCGAGAAAGAGAAAAAUGGCAAUUUCAGGAGAUUUAAGGGUCUCCGCUACAUUGGUUCCAUACCCAAAGAAUCCACUUCGGACGUCUUUACCUCCUUCAAAGGUAGAUUUUAGUGCCUUUCUUAAUGGUGGAUCUAGUUCUGCUGAGGUGUUGCCCAAAUGGUCUCGUCUAUCAUCUGAUAGCCAUAGCUUCCGAUGCCACUCAAGAAAGCCUCUUGGGAUCCUUGGAGACUAUAAAGUAGCAGCAAGUUCCAUCAGCCAGGAAUUUGAUAAUUUACUCCUCAAUGCUAUCAGCAUGAGCUUUUUUGAGCGCCUAAGCUUGGCUUGGAAGAUAAUGUUUCCACCAUCCCCUUCGGCAAGUAAUUCUGCUGCUAAUAUUGCUAAGCAACGCCUGAGGAUGAUUCUCUUCUCUGAUAGGUGUGCUGUCAGUGAUGAGGCCAAACAGAAGAUUGUAAGCAACGUUGUUAGUGCUCUCUCUGAUUUUGUGGAAAUAGAAUCGCAGGAGAAAGUACAGCUGAGCGUCUCAACGGAUCCAGACCUAGGGACAAUCUACUCAGUCACAGUGCCAGUCAGACGGGUGAGAUCAGAAUACCAGGUAGAUGAUCCAACCGGAACAAUAACUAAUGUUGAGUACAAAGACACUGGAGAUAGUUCUGGUUCAGUUGAUGUCAAGUUCGACUUUUACAUUCCAGACGAGAAUUUCAAUGAUUAUGGUAUGUGAAACCUUGACAUGCCUUCGCCAAACUGGAAAAGAGGGUUGAUCUGUCUUGUUUGUCUGGCAUUUGAUAAUUUUUUUUCAACUUUUUAAACAUACUAGUAGGUGGUCCUCCAAAUAUACUGUGACAAUCAACUUUAGAGUGCUGUAAAUACCUGAAAAUCCCUUUUGGAAGUGUUUGAUGAAUUUGCUAGUUUUGGUUACAAUCCAAGACACUUCAUAACAAUUCGUUAUAUGUAACCAUUGUUUU